AUGCUAGAAGAAAAAUACAUCGGUCUGGCUCUGGCCAUGACAUCGAGUUUAGCCAUCGGCACAAGUUUCGUUAUCACAAAAAAGGGAUUACAACAAGCAGAAGAACGACAUGGAUUCGAGGGCGAUGGUUUUGUCUAUCUUAGAAACCCUCUGUGGUGGGCAGGAAUCGGCACAAUGGUCAUUGGCGAGGUAUGCAACUUCGCAGCGUAUGCCUUUGCCCCUGCCAUUCUCGUGACGCCGCUUGGCGCGUUGGCCGUCUUGGUAGGAGCAGUUCUGGGAUCAUACUUCCUCAAAGAAGAGCUGGGAACGCUGGGCAAGCUUGGUAGCGCCAUCUGUCUCAUCGGUGCCGUGAUCAUCGUCCUCCACGCUCCCGCGGACGAAGAUAUUGAGACCAUCGAGCAAAUCCUUGAAUAUGCACUCCAACCUGGCUUCCUGCUAUUCUGUCUCGUCGUUUGCAUAUUUGCCGUUACUAUGAUUUACAAGGUGGCACCGGUUCACGGAAAGAAGAAUCCGCUCAUCUACCUUGGAAUUUGCUCGACUGUGGGAUCAGUCUCGGUCAUGUCUAUCAAGGCCUUCGGGAUUGCACUGAAGUUAACGUUCGGAGGAAACAACCAGUUUUCUCAUCCUUCCACCUAUGUGUUCAUGAUCAUCACCACGGUUUGCAUCCUGGUGCAAAUGAACUACUUUAAUAAGGCCCUCAGCCAAUUCCCCACGAACAUUGUGAACCCUCUAUACUACGUCACAUUCACCACAGCAACUCUUUGCGCCUCCUUCAUCCUUUUCAAGGGGUUCAAUACAUCCGACGCAGUUAACACACUGUCUCUACUCUGUGGAUUCUUGGUGACGUUUACCGGUGUGUACCUGCUUAAUCUCUCAAGAACCGACCCACAUGGCAUGAAGAUGAUUGCCGGACGCGGCGGUGCGGAUGCUAUUGGCACAGACAUGGUCUCGAGCGUCCAAACUCGUAUGAGCAUGGAGGCACGAAGGAGCAUGAACCGCCAUAGCAUGGGCAGUGCUAGGGGCGACAGAGAAGGCUUGAUAAGGGCAUAUGACGAAGAGGAGGCCGCCGGCUUUGGCCUGACCGAGUUCGACAGCGAUGAAGACGCCCCUUUGAACGGUAGGCCGAACGGCAAUGCCAAUGGUCACUCGAAGAACAUGAGCGAUGCGAUUGAGAUGCAAACGCCAAAGUCAGGCGAGAGAUAA